AAGAGGUACUGCUGGAGAACAGGACCGAGGUCGGUUCCUUAAAAUUUGGGCAGCGAAGAUGCAGAGAUCAGUAGCUUUAAAAUCAAAUCGCGGCUUCUUUCCAUUUGUCAAGUCAAUUUCAGAAGCUCUCUCCAUUGAACUCCCCUCCCUUCGUUCCUCCACCAGACUCCAGAAUCAGAGAGAAGCAGAAGACGAAAACAGCCAUCUACAGCCGUCCAGGGGGCCAAUCAUGUUUUAACGCGUGUGGGCAGCUCCAAUAGUUACCGAGGAGCGGUAGAAGAGCGGAGUGUGUCCAGAGUCAUAGUUUCACGCGAGCACUAGGCAGAGAGGAGAAGGGAAGGGCGACCUCAUCGGAACAACAAGGAGAGGAGGAAGACAAAGAGGACGAGACCGAUCAGAAGAAUUCUGAGGUGUCUGAAGAACGAGAACAGCAAGAAGACAGACAGUCCCAGUUGUGUGUUGUGUAGGCUGAAGCAAGCACAAGAGAGCAGUAGCCGUAGGCAUUUGCAGGUUGACAGAGAGACAACUACCACCUCCUGCUUCUUGCCUUUACAUCUAAUCUCACCUGCCCAUCAGGUCCAUAUUUUCGUUUCAGUUUCGUUUUUCGUUUUCUGAUCUUUGUUCCUUUUUCUUUUCUCUCGUAGGGUUUCUUGCUCUGGUGUCUUGGUCCUCCUGUCGAUAGGAGCGAGGGCUCUCUUCUUUCGGAGGUGACGGCUAGGUGCGCAGUCCGUCUAGUUUGCAUGCUUCUUAGAGGCCAUCUGUAUUAUAACUUCAUCUAUCCAGAGGUCGCUUUCGAGGCUUGUAGAUCCUUCACUCUCGAUACCAUAUCUUAGGUUAUGAGAUCGAGCCGCCUGUGGGGAUAGUCCAACCAUGUAUCCUAUUCAAAGUUCGCACCUCAUGUGAGUCCCACAUAGAUUGACAUUGAUUUUUGAGAAAGGCGGCAAGUUAGUCCACUCCCGAUUCCAGAUUUCGCGUCCAUCUUACGUACCCCUGAAGUGUAGUCCGGAAACCUUGAGUAGCUUGGUGGGUUCUCAUGACGAGACCCUGUUUUAGGUCAGCGUUUUAAAUCGAGGUGCUCUGCUUUCUUCGAUGGGAGGUACUAGGUGCAGCUCCUGUAAUGUGAGGGGUACCUGUGGGACUCUUACAGUUUAUCCCAUGUAUGAUAAUUCGACAACCUUCCCCGCCUGCGUCUGCUAAGUCUGGGAAGUAGUAGCGCAUUUGACGAAGACAUUUUCAACGACUUGCAAUUUCUCUUCAGCGGCAAAGGACACCAUGGAGCAAGCCAAUUGGCCCUACUUCGAUCCCGAGUACGAUAGCUUGAGCGCCAGGAUGAAUCCUCCCAGAGUGGUCAUUGACAACAAUAUAUGUGAGAAUGCAACGUUAAUCAAGGUGGAUAGUGCCAACACGCAUGGAGUCCUGCUAGAGGUUGUCCAAGUACUCACCGAACUCGAUCUUUCGAUAACCAAAGCCUACAUUUCUUCAGAUGGGGGCUGGUUCAUGGAUGUGUUUCACGUUACAGAUCAAAACAAGAACAAGCUUACCGACGCGAGCCUUAUUGAUUACAUCAAGCAGUCGCUCGGUGCCCAACAUGACUUCACGACGAGAAGCGAUGUACGAACGUGCUUGGGGAAAUCAGUUGGAAGAACUGUCGGUGUAGAACAAAUAGCAGAACAUACAGCCAUUGAACUAACUGGAACAGACAGGCCAGGCUUGCUUUCGGAGGUGUCAGCAGUAUUGACGAAUCUGGGCUGCAAUGUGAAACACGCCGAAGUUUGGACACACAACAUGCGUGUAGCUUGCGUUGUCUACGUCACAGAUGAGAAGUCGGGUGGACCGAUUAAGGAUCCGGAGUUACAGUCGCGCAUUAAAGAGCUCCUGUGCAAUGUUAUGAAAGGAACAGAUGAUCGAAGAGGAGCAAAGACCGAGUUUUCUAUGGGGCUAACGAACACCGAGAGAAGGCUUCACCAAAUGAUGUUUGCGGAUCGAGAUUAUGAGAGUCCUGAACCAGUAAAGAGGGAAGCUGUUGACGGGAAGCCGAACAUUACUAUUCAAAACUGUGGAGAGAGAGGUUAUUCUAUCGUAAAUGUAGAGUGUACAGACCGACCGAAGUUGCUAUUUGACACAGUGUGCACUCUUACGGACAUGCAGUAUGUCGUCUUUCAUGCAACCAUAAAUUCCGAAGGAUCUAUCGCCCAUCAAGAGUAUUAUAUUCGACAUAUGGAUGGACGCUUUCUUGAUUCAGAAGCCGAGAAGCAAAGAGUCAUCAAGUGCUUGGAGGCCGCUAUCGAAAGACGUGUUUCCGAUGGUUUGAGGCUAGAACUUUGUACCAGUGACAGAGUUGGUCUAUUGUCUGAAGUUACUCGCAUAUUCAGGGAGAACGGUCUUUCUGUGACAAGGGCAGACGUGGAAACAAGAAACGAUAAAGCAGUGAAUGUAUUUUAUGUAACAGAUGCGCGGGGAAACCCUGUUGACAGGAAUAUUGUGGAUAACAUGCGGCGGGAAAUGGAGAUCGGACAGACUUUGUUGCAAAUCACUGAAGUACCCCGUCUUGCUCGAUCUCCACCCAUUGAGCCUACGAAGGGAGCGAAAUUCUCUUUGGGAAGCCUCCUGAAAUCUCAGUCUGAGAGAUUUCUGUAUAGCCUGGGCAGUUUGGGUUGGACACGAUCUUUGUGAGGGCUGUCUUUGUGUUCAGCUUUGAGAAUUUCUCAAUGAGAAACCUCUGCUUGGUUUCCACGUACUUUUCGGUAGUCUGGAUGCUUGAGAGUCUGGACUCAGGCCAGAUAAUCUCGAAGAAGAGGGUAUGUAAUGGACACUCUCACUUUAACAUGCCCUCCAUGGUUUCUCUUAGGUCGUGGGUCUUCCUGUGCAUUUGACGCAUCUUGUACAGUCAGUGGGGAAGAUCGUUUGGUAAGAUUCAUAGUGCGAAGCUUCAACACGUUUCUGCUGUAGACUUGGCCAAACGUAGGAGGGAGAAUGUGUUAUCUCUAGACGGCUACACGCAUGAAGACCGACACUGAGUAGUCGCUCGUUUCGUUUGGCUUAGCUUGCUUUGUAUAUACCUCACAUUUAAUUGUAAGCUGGACACAUCUGCGCUUCUGCUGGUUCACUUUUAUGUAAAUUCCUAAUCUUACUCGGG